CGACUCGGAGAUACAUGGUCAAAAGACCGGCAGCUCCUCCCAGACUCACUGCUCUAUCUUUAGAUAAUCAUGCAGAAAGAUUGACCUCCUCCACCAAUGGAUGGUCCAAGUGUCACGCCAUUGCUGCAGAGUGAACUAUUACCUCGCAACUGACCUAUCACUGUUGCAUCUUCUCUCCUCAAAACGCAGGACAGCAAGUUCGGCCAGCAUGUCCACCAAACGCGUACGCAGCGACUCCGACUCGCCCGCCGCCGCCGAUCUGUUGUCGUCCGAGGAGGAUGGGGGGUCGUCGUGGCCAGCAUCCCCAGCAUCCUCCACCGCGCCCUCUCUCGGACGCUCCAAGGUGCACUUGCCAGACACCGCCGCUCCGGUUGCUGAAGUCAUGCACUGCUCCCUCCCACCGCACCGCGAGACCAUCGCCUUCGCCUCCUACGACGAUUACGAGGUCCAUUACCGGCAGUCACAUGUCAACCGCUGCUCCCAAUGUGGGAAGAAUUUCCCCACGGAUCGUUUUCUGACCCUUCACAUUGAAGAGAACCAUGACGCCAUCGUCGCGACGCGACGCGAACGAGGCGAGAAGACUUAUGGGUGCUUCAUCGAGGACUGCGAGCGCAAGUGCUCGACUCCUCAGAAACGCAGAAUGCACCUCAUCGACAAGCACAUGUUUCCUAAGACCUCGUUGUUGCGGCCGACCAAGACACACCGGCGCCGUCUAUCGACUACUCCCGCCUCGCCGCAGGAAGGGCGUCUGAGGAACAGACCGACUUCUGGGUCCUUUUCGAGUGCGAACGCGGGGGUGCAACCGACACUUGCGACCCCCGCGGUCUCCGACGAGAUGGAGAUCGUCGAGCUGGAGAAGUCCAUGUCUGCUCUGCGAUUCGUGCCAUCCAGUGUUACGAGGAACCAUGGCAAGAUCGAAACAGGCAAACGGACAGAAUCUGUGAUUCUUCGCGGUGUUCCGACGCCGGAUCAUUCAAUGACUCAAAUUUUUUUUGGCGCCUUGCUCAAAUUGGAAACCGGGUCACAUAGCAUAAGGGACUCUCCAGAAGGACCUGCAGCAACUAUCACAUGCGGGGAAGAGCAUCGAUGACGUUUCUGUUCUUUCGUGUUAUCGGAGCCUGAAGACUCCCUCCCGUGCCGGAAAGCACCUGCCAUAGUCGGCAGAAUGAGAUCCAUGUCACGGCAAGUGGCAAUGGCGCAGGAGUUCGCUCUGCUCCAAAAGACAUAGCAAAUCAUAACCUAUCUAUAUACAGGGGUAAUAAGGGAAUAUGAAGAUUUUC